AUGACGGAGCCUCCAGAGGAAAAGGAGUCGGCGGGGACCCCCGAACCCCCCCCCGCCGGCCCCGGAGCCGGGCAUGGCAGCAAGAUGCUGCGGCUGAAGCGGUCCUUGUCCCUCCGGACGCUGCUGCGGAGCAAGAGCGUGGAGAACCUCUUCCCGCGGGCGGGAGGGGGUGUGCAGGCCCCGUCCCCCCCCCCGUCCCCCCCGCGGACACACGGCUUCCAGCAGUACGUCUUCAAGAAGCAUUGUCCCUGCGAGCUGUGCCGGCAGCUCAUCGCAGGCAACUCGCGGCAGGGCUUGCGGUGCAAGACGUGCAAGGCGGGAGUGCAUCUCUGGUGCUCCGAGGGCAUCUCGCACCAGCAGUGCCCCGGCAAGACGGCCACUGUUUUCCGCCGCAAUUUCAGCUCCCCCCUCUUGCUGCCAGAGCAGGGGGGCUCCGCGCAGAACGAGCCCCCCCCGGACCCUGACACGAGUGUGGACCCGGUGUACGAGGCGCUGCGGUUUGGCACCUCCCUGGCACACGGCACCAGCCCCACAAAGCUGCCCCCCGACAUCCAGGGUGAGACAGCAGCAGCUGAAGAGGAGAGUGGGGACACCCCGAGCAGUGUGGGGAGCCUGAGUGACAGUGCUCUCACCCCAGUGGAGAGGGACAGUGUGGAGGAGAGCCCCGGGCAGCAGGCUGCCCGCGGGCCGGCACGGCGGGACGGGGCACCCAUGUUCUCUUACGUGGCUCUCUACAAGUUCGUGCCGCAGGAGCAGCAAGACCUGGCGCUGCAGCCCGGCGACAGGGUGACGCUGGUGGAUGACUCCGACGAGGACUGGUGGAAGGGGAAGGUGGGCGACCGCCUGGGCUUCUUCCCGGCCAACUUCGUGCAGCGGGUCCGGCCCGGCGAGAGCGUGUGGAGGAGCUGCCGCGCCGUGCCGGGCGACAGGGAGCGGGGCCGGAUCGGCCUCCGCCUGAACCAGAUCUGCGUGGGCGUGGGCAGCUCCCGGGGCCUCGUCCGGGUGACCAGCGGGAGGAAGCGGGGGCUGGUCCCCGCCGAGGCACUGACCGAGAUCUGA